UCUCAUCAACAGCCCACUCUUUCAACAUGUCGUCUGCCAGACCAUCGCAGACAUCCAAGCCUACCUCAGCGACAAUGACAUCUACUGGUCCGAGGACUUCAGGCCCGAAAGGUUCAACCCAGAUGACUAUGACAUCGACCCUCCCCGAUGGGAAUGGAGCGACCUGUUGCACAACUGGCAUCACCUGAAGACGUUCGCCCGCUUCGCCUACUUUUGCGUCAUGGACGGCUUCGCACACAACCCGUACAACCUCCCCUCUUGGAUCUAUAUCGCGCUGUUUUCCAGUCUUUUCGCGACCAUCGUGGUGAAGUGGAUCAUCUGCUUUCUCAGGCUGCGCGCCGAUUUGCACCACAGGGUGGACGGCACUCCCAAGGAUCCGGAGGACAAGGAAAUCGGGGCCGUCUUCAACGAGAUCGUGGGUAUCCUGCCUAUUCUGGUUCAGUUUGUGUUGUUCGUUUUCCCACCACUGCUGGCGAAUGCCGCGGCGUAGGCGAGGGGGGCUUGUUGCAUAGCUUCUGGGUAGUUCUUGUAUGUAGUAUAAUGGCCAUUUGGUUAGUGCUCAAAGUCUUCCUUGCUUCUUUGAGUUUCAGCUAUGUGACCGCACCGGAGCCGCCGUCCCGCGUCACGUGUUGGCAGAAUUCUUCCUGCCGACCCGUAACCGUUGCAGCUGGAACCUCUAGGCUGUCUAUCAGCGCGAAGAUGGUUAUGCCAAAGGGCUCUGGCCCAGCAAUGGCUUGACGGAGAAAUAGUGGGCUUCAUCGUAGAGUGGAUAGCGCAAUGCACCCGAGACCUAGCUCUGAACUUUUCACAUUGCCACAGAAAGUAAUGCAAGCACGGCGAUGGUAAGGCGCUC